GUCUCAACUUUCAGGACAGAGCGGCAGGUUGGGAGGCUAGCAGCGGCAACAGGGAGGAGGUGAACACACAAGACAGAACUCAGGGAAGUCUUUGUGGUUGUUGUGAAAUGAGGAACCGACUUUGAGGCGCUAAUAAACGUUGUGAAAAUGAUUCGGACAUUCAGCGGUGCCACUUUUAGGUCUGUUGUUGGGGCAGCGCAGCCGGUAAAGGACAUUACAACCCGACGGCUGCACAGCACAUAUGACGUGGCCGUGGUGGGAGGUGGCAUCGUUGGCCUGGCAACAGUCAGGGAGCUCAUUCUGCGACACCCGUCCCUCAGCUUCAUCCUGCUGGAGAAAGAAAAAGAGCUUGCUGUGCACCAGAGUGGGCACAACAGUGGAGUCAUUCACAGCGGCAUCUACUACACACCGGGGUCGCUCAAGGCCCGUCUGUGUGUGCGAGGAGCAACUUUAGCCUACGAGUACUGUGAGAAGAAAGGACUCCCUUACAAGAAGUGUGGAAAGCUUAUCGUGGCUGUGGAGCAGGAGGAGAUACCCAGACUGCAAGCUCUGUAUGAGCGUGGCAUGAAGAACAAUGUGCGUGACCUCAGUAUUGUCGACGCCAAGGGAAUCCGAGAGCGAGAGCCAUACUGCAGGGGUAUAAUGGCCUUGGACUCGCCCUACACUGGCAUCGUGGACUGGAGGAUGGUGGCUCUCAGGUACGGCCAAGACUUUCAGGAGGCAGGUGGCACGGUGGUGACCGAAUCUGAGGUCAGUGACAUUUCCACGGUCACAGAGAGUCCAGCUGGGAGCACUGAAGGAAUGAAGUACCCAAUCGCAAUCAGAGACAAAAAGGGUAACGAGGUGCGUUGCCGUUACGUCCUGACCUGUGGGGGCCUGUACUCAGAUCGCCUGUCGCAGAUAUCUGGAUGCAGUCGGGAGCCGCGGAUCGUCCCCUUCAGAGGGGAUUAUUUGGUCCUGAAGCCAGAGAAACACUAUCUGGUCAAGGGAAAUAUCUACCCUGUCCCUGACCCUCGUUUCCCUUUCCUUGGAGUUCACUUCACCCCGAGGAUGGAUGGAGGCGUGUGGCUCGGCCCCAACGCCGUCCUCGCCUUCAAAAGGGAGGGAUACAAAGUGUACGACUUCAAUGCUCGAGACUUUGCAGAUGCGCUCUCAUUCAGGGGCCUUCAGAAGCUGGUGAUGAAGAAUUUAACGUACGGGAUCGGAGAAAUGUAUCGUGGGGUUUUCAUUGGUGCACAAGUUAAAAUUCUGCAGAAGUACAUCCCUGAACUCUCGCGGAGCGACGUGCUUAGGGGUCCUGCAGGAGUCCGAGCUCAGGCUCUCGACCGGGACGGAAAACUGGUGGACGACUUUGUGUUUGACGGCGGGGUCGGCGACGUGGGCAGUCGGGUGCUCCAUGUGCGUAACGCUCCCUCGCCUGCGGCCACCUCCUCCCUCGCUAUCGCUGAAAUGAUCGCAGAUGAGGUGGAGAGCCGCUUUGCGCUGUAGAGCAACACGCUGAUCGCAGAAGGAAAGAGAUAAAACCAAAACAGUCCAGGUUGAGGUGGCAAAGGGAAACUAUGUUGUAUCAAACUGUCACUCACUCAGCAUCACUGUCACCAUGGAGACCUUUUUAUUGCAGGUGAAGCCUGACUGUUUUUACUUGAGUAGUGCUGGUUUAAAUUGGGUAAUGUGUUUACUCGGCCGCAUUUCAAGUAAAGAAAUUCGUUUUUCUGUAAUACAUUUUUGUCUAAAAUGAAAGUGCAUCAUGAGUUACUCUUAGUGAAAAUGUUAAUCACUAAAAAAGGUUCAGAGUCAGUAAUAUUAUCGGGUUUAACACAAUGUUUUGAAUGUGAACAUUAUCUUUUUGGGAGGUUGACCAUUUUAAAAUGAUGGAUAUCAAAAGUAUAGAUCUGAUAUGUAGUUAAUUUCUCUCUCCUUUAGAGGCCCUGUGUGUUUUUUAUUGGGUUUUGACUAUGCAAGAGCAAUAAGAGCAAUAGGAGCAAUUUGUCUCCACAGUUUGAACAUUGGAAAGCCUGCUGGUUUCUGUUUCAGAAAUACAGUUGAUUCAUUUUUAAACAAUGUUGAUCUCUAGUUUCAUGCCAACAAUCAGUUUGAGAAAGUUUUCUUUCUUUUUUAAAUUGUUAAAUCUUGUCUUGUUACGCACAAUUGUACCUACAGGAACGCACAAUUGAGGAAGAAAGACGGGUUGUUGUUUUUUGCCAUU